AUGAAAAUUGCUACAAUUGAACGGAUAACUUCUGUUCGACAUCAUCCAAAUGCUGAUCGUCUUGAUCUUGUUUCCAUUCUUGGUUAUCAAUGUAUAACAUCUCGUGAUAGUUUUUUACCUGAACAAUUAGUCAUUUUUAUUCAACCUGAUUCUGUUUUACCGAAUGAUCAAUCAUGGGCACAGCCUUAUUUAAAAUAUGCACGUCCACGUGUUCGAGCUAUUAAAAUUCGUGAUGAAUGGUCCGAAGGUUUAAUUGUUCCAUUAACUGAUAAUGAAAAAAAUCUUAAAGAAGGUGAUAAUGUAGCUGAACAAUUAGGUAUUAAACAUUUUGAACCAAUUAUUAUACAAGAUCCAACAAGUAUUCUUGGUCCAUUACCAUUUAAUAUACCAAAAACAGAUGAAGAUCGUAUAGAAAAUUUUCAAAAUAAUCUUCCAUGGAAUGAAUUAGUUGAUGUAACAAAAAAAAUUGAUGGUACAUCUUGUUCAAUUUAUUAUUCUUAUGAAAAAAAACAAUUUGAAUGUUUAAUAAAUUUUUGUGAACAAUAUCAAAUAUCAUUAGUUUUACGUGGUGAAUUAUAUGGUGGUGGUAUACAAAAAAAAGUUAAUAAUUCAUAUUGUACACAAUCAUUACAAUGGGCAAUGUUUUCUGUUUAUUUAUUUAAUAUUAAUAAUAAACAAGGACGAUAUACAAGACGAAAAACAGAUGAUUUAUUAUAUUUUAUAAAACUUGCUGAACAUCUUAAUCUACCUUAUGUACCAUUGAUUGAAAAUCAAGUACCAUUAACUCAACAAUUAAUUGAUAAAUAUUCGUGUCAAGUCGAUAUAACAUUUGGUGAAGGUGUUGUUAUUCAACAUGAUCAUGGUUCAUUUAAGAUUAUUAAUAAAAAUUAUGAUGCAAAAAAUUAA